AAUACUUUGGCCAGCACAAAGAAAAGAGAGAGAGAGAGGAAGCUCUUCAACUCCAUACUCCAUAGAUAAUUCGAGCUCAAGCAAAGGAAUUCCAAGGAGGAAGAUUAAAGAAGGAAAAAGCUAGGAAAAAGUGUGAAAAUCAAGGUAAUGACCUUAUCAUAACUUUUCCUUUAUUUUUCCUCUAUCAUAUGAGAUAUAUAUCAUAUGAAGAAUCCUUAGAAUUGUUCUACAUGAUAUGAGUGUGGUAUAAUGGGUUGGAAAGUUGUUCUAUGUCCAAGAAUGGACUUAGAAGCCAAAACGACCGGUUCACCGGAAAAUAACCUUUUAGAGGUUAUGUGUAUUGAUUAAGGUUUUAUGAUGUUAAAAGUUAAAACCUUGUUAGGGACUUGAUUUAGAGUAUUUUUGAGCUUCGCCGGAGUUUCACCGGUGUUGGUCAAAGUUCGCCGGAAAUUAGUCAAAGUUCAAUCGGGGAGCGUAGAGCGCGCGUAAGCUCACUUAAGGUGAGGAUGACCGACUAUAUUGUUUAUAAUCUUUGAGUUAAUUUCACGAGAUUUCCUAAAUGAAUACAAAGAUGUGAUUUGCAUGGAUUAUUAAUAAUGCCUAAAUGGAAUUACUAUUGAUUAUAAGUAUAGUUUGCAUAACAUACAAAUUUAUGAAUAAAUUGUGUAUGUUUUUAUGUUAUGAAUAUGAUGGCAUGAUAGUUGUAUCAACCAUGAAUCCCAUUUGUGAUAAGUAUGCUUUUAUUUCAUGAGGAGAAGCCAUGAAAGUAUAAAAGUGAUAUUUUGAUAUUUAGGCCAAAUUACACAUGAAUGAAGAAUUAUAUUGAAAUGAGUAAAUAACUAGUAUUUAAAUAAUAGUUGGAGUUGGAGUUGAAUAAUGGAUGAAUGGAUCCUAAGAAAUUGAAUUGUAAAGAAUCGGUGAUUAUUGAGCUGGGCUCUAGACUGAUGUAGAUAACAGUGAUUAUUGAGCUGGGCUCUAGACCGUAGUAGUAUUCGGUGAUUAUCGAGCUGGGCUCUAGACCGAUGUAGAUGACGGUGAUUAUUGAGCUGGGCUCUAGACCGUAGUAGGAAACGGUGAUUAUUGAGCUGGGCUCUAGACCGUGGUAAGUAACGAUGAAUUGACACUAACGGCCUGUUUGGAUUGAGUGUGAGGAAGUGUUAGUAAUGGAAGUGUUAAUAAGUGUUUUCACGAGCCCGGAAAGGAGGGUACGUGUAAGUGUUACACAUAAUCUUACCUUGUUUGAUACUGUGAAAUCCUCAUGGAUCACUCCAUGUUCGGGAUAUGGCAUGUGGAAAUUUUCAUUUAAACUCAAAAGACUGAAAACUGCUCUUAAAGAAUGGAACAAAAACGUUCUUGGAAACAUUUUUGAAACUUUGACUGAAGCUGAAAAAGAAAUUGCUAUUUUAGAAACUAAGGUCUCUGAUUCCCUUCUCGAUGAGGAUCAUAUCCUUUUGAAAAAAGCUCAGGCUAAGUACAUUCAAUCUUCUGCCCAUAUAAACACUUCUAUAGGCAAAAGGCUAAAAUACAUUGGCUUAAGGAAGAAGAUUCAAACUCAAAAUUUUUUCAUCUAUCCCUUAAAGCCAAACACCAAAAAUUGAAUAUUUCCAAAAUAAAAAAGGAGGAUGGUUCUUGGGUGGACAACAUGACUGAUAUUGGCAUUGCUGAUGUUGAUUUCUAUUCUAAUCUCCUUAUUGCUAAUGAAACUGUUGAUGGCCAGGAUCUUAAUACCUAUUUGCAGAAUAUUAACUCUGUCAUUACUGACGAUGAUAAUGCAAACCUUUUGAGUCCCAUUACCAAAACUGAGCUAAAGGCUGCAGUUUUCAGCCUCGAUAAACACAGCGCUCCGGGUAUUGAUGGGUUUGAUGGUUUUUUUUUUACCAAAAUGUGUAUGACAUAAUUGAAGAUGACCUUCUAAAUGCAGUUAAGGACUUUUUUUGUGGAGUCCCAAUACCCAAAAGCAUUGGUCACACCCUUAUUUCCCUCAUACCUAAAGAACCUAAUGCCUAUUAGUUCUCAAAAUUCAGACCUAUAAGUCUUAGUAAUUAUAUUAACAAAAUUUUUACUAAGAUCAUUACUAUUCGCAUUACUCCUCUUCUCCCUAAAAUCAUUUCCGUUGAACAAACUGCCUUUCAAAAAGGGAAAGAGAUCUCUGACAGCAUCUUGAUUUUGAGAGAGUUGGUUAAGCACAUUAAUAAGAAAAUAAGAGGCCACAAUGUUAUUUUCAAAUUUGACAUGGCUAAAGCCUUUGAUAGGCUGUCUUGGCCUUUUAUAAAAUCUGUCCUAACCAAGUUUGGUUUCCACCCUAUUUUUGUUAAUCUCAUUAACAACAACCUUAACGCUACUUGGUUCUCUAUUUUGAUUAAUGGUGCCCCUACUGGUUUUUUCAAACCUUCUCGUGGGGUUAAACAGGGGGACCCCCUCUCCCCCAUCAUCUUUAUCAUGGUUGCUAAAAUUCUCACAAAAAAACUCAACAACUUUUUCUCUCAAGGGCAGGGCAUAGCUUACAACACUUACCUGGGUAUGCCUAGUAUCACACAUUUAACCUUCGCCGACGACCUGAUUGUUUUCUCGAAUGCUGAAAAAAAAAACUUUGGAGCCUCUUCAUAAGGUUAUAACGGAUUAUGAAUAUUUCUCUGGGCAACUCAUUAGCAAGGAUACGAGUUUUUAUCUUAUCUCUAAGCAUGCUAAACCCUACAAUUGCAAUAUUAUUGACAGUAUUUUUAAAAUAAAAAAAGGAAAAUUUCCUUUUAAUUACUUGGGAACAAAUAUUCACAGUGGCCGUACUCUUAAUUCCCAUUUUGAUCAUGUUAUUGCCAAGAUUGACAAUAAACUUGCAGGUUGGAAACACAAACUCCUCACGGUGGAGGGAAGAAUGAUACUUAUCAUACAUGUUCUUAGCUCCCUUCCUCUUUAUCACAUGGCAGUUUCUCCCUUUCCUAAAUCUAUUAUUUAUAAUAUUGAGAGAAAAUGUUCUAACUUUCUGUGGGACAGGAAAGACGACCAGAAGAAACAUAUAUGGCGCAGUUGGGAUAAAUGUUGCCAUCCAGUAACCGAAAACGGACUAGGUUUCAGAAAUCUUAAUCAUAUCCAAAGUGCUUUCUUUCUUAAAUUGUGGUGGAAGGUUAAGAAUGGUACAGGUUUGUGGGCAUCUUGGGCCAACUCUCUCUCUGAUCUUUCUCGCUCUGUUAUGUUCAAUGCUCUCAAUUCCGUUGAGCACAUUUUCAGUGCCAACUGUCGUAUCCAGGUUCAAAAGGGUAACAACUCCUUUUGGUAUGAUAACUGGUGUGAUAUAGGUCCUCUUUACCAAUACCGGGAGGACAUACCUACGGCUCUAGGUAACAUUACUAUUAAAUAUGCUAUGUCUGGUAAGACCCUUAAUCCCCAGGUCCGUAAUUGUUUGCCUAGAUAUGUUAUUGAUAAUAUCCAUGCUAUGAAUAUCCGUUUCACUGACCAAGAGGACAACUAUAUUUGGCAACCUUGCUCCGAUGGCAAUUUCAGUUUUUCUAGUGCCUAUGAUGUUAUUAGGCCUAAAAAGACUUUGCUACCUUUGGCUAAGUACAUCUGGAACAACCGAAUUCCUAAAAAAAAUUCCUUUUUCCUGUGGCGUUUAACUAACAAUUUGCUGCCUUUUGAGGAUAAAUUGACCCAAUUUGGAAUAUUUGGUCCUUUUAAAUGUCCUUUGUGUCUUAAUGAAGACUCCAUUGACCAUUUUUUCCUUGACUGUAAUUUCAGCAGUAACAUCUGGCAGCAUUUUGAAACGGUUUUGAACUUUCCGUCCUUCAAACGUACCACCUUUAGUAACUACAUUACUAAAUGGUACAAAGGUUAUAAAAGCCAUAUAAAGGAUUUGAACUACAUUGUUCCAAAUAUUAUUACCUGGCAACUUUGGAAGAUCCGAAAUAACUAUCUCUAUGAUGACAAAAAGGCCAAUUUUUCUGAGGCAAUUAAAGCUAUUAAAAAUGAUAUUUUUGUCAUGUCUGUUGCCAAUCCUCUAAUUGCUCAUGGCCCAAAUGUCCCUUUUAAUAUCCACACCAUUUUUCCUAAAAAGACGGCCCAACCCACUAUUAGUUAUUGGACCAAACCGCCCCCGACCUACCUCAAGAUUAAUAUUGCAGCUCGCAUCCUUACCCCUACCCUUAACCGGACGGCUGCACUUAUCCGGGAUGAGAAGGGAAAUUAUUUUGGUCAUGCAACCCACCUGUCAAAUAAAACUCAUAUUACCUUUGCUUUAUAUGAUGCCAUUCUUUAUUUUAUCCAGUUCUUUAAGAACUCUCACUUGAACAAUGUUGUUUUGGAGAUAGAUAAUAGGGAAGUCUACGAGGGCAUCACGGGUCUUUCACUCCACCACUGGAAGUAUUGAUCUCGAAUCCGCGACAUCAAAUACAAGCUAAAGGGCUGCAACUGGACAAUACAACACACUCACCCAAAAAUUAAUAGGGCUGCUGAGUAUUUAGCUUAUCGGAAUACUUCGACUAAAACCAAUGUUCAUCACUUUAAUCACUUUGUUGGCAUUCUUAAGUUUGAUGCAAUUAGUUAUCCAUAUGUACUUUGAUUUUGAGUAGGCUUGGUUUGGCCCUCCUACUCUUGUAUUUCUUUCUAUCGAAAUAAAUAAGACACGGUUAUGCAAAA